ACACAGAAAGGCUUGUGAGUCGAAGGCAGGACAGUCUCUCUGGUUUUCCUGCUGUUUGUUGUCAGAUCAUGGGAUAGGAAUGACAGUCUUCUCUCAAUGGUUUCUGCUCAGAUUUGGAAUAUGAUCGUGGAGCUCUCUGUGCACUUUUCCACUCAUCUUCCCACAGGAUUACCACAGGAAUAGUGUGCAUGUGCUUGAGUGUGUAUAUGUCCAGCACUAUGUCUGCUUCUGAUGGUGUUCAGUCUGGCAGCAGAAGCAGAUCACCAUGAGAGGGGGUCACCAGCGAGGCUGUGGGUGUCAGCACCUGUUCAGAAAACUACUCCGCAAAUGUGACUGCUGCUUUGUCAGAGGCAGAGCAGAGUCGUAUUCAGUGGCAGGCAGUGAAGGCAGUAUUGCCCCAUCCAUGGGAUCUGUGCCUCACCAGGCCUCAGGCAGCACCAGCCCCUGCUCACAGUCCUCGUCUGGGGGUUCACGGCAUCCUGUCAGUGCCCUGAAGAAAUGGCUCACCAAUCCCGUCCGGAAGCUGAACUCUGAUGCCAGAGGUGGAGCAGGGAAAGCCGAGAAGCAGAUGUUCAGGUCAGACGGAAGCCAACCAACAUUGCUUCUUUCCCACAGUGAGGCUCAGCAAAGCUCUCUAGAAAUGAGCGAAAACUACACUAUCCUGUCUUCUGGAAACAUGGACAGGAAAGAUGGUCACUUGAGUCCCACAGCGCUGUCUCCUACCCUGUCAUCCCAUCAGAGCUACUUAUGUGACCAACUGCAUAGCAGAGUCCCAUCUAGUCCAAGUCAGAAGCCUGGCAUCAACACUCUGCAAGGAGAGGACAGCUGUGGUGUGGCUGAAGACUCGGCCAGCCAGUGCUCGGUUACAGUGGACAGCGAGGAAGAGAGAAACAUUGCCUUAGAGAAGAGCUUAUAUGUGCUGACAGAGCUGAUAGAAACAGAAAGAUUGUAUGUUGAAGAUCUUGGACUCAUAGUUCAGGGCUACAUGACCAUGAUGGCCAAUCAGGGAGUUCCAGAGGACAUGCGAGGGAAGGACAGGAUUGUGUUUGGAAACAUCCACCAGAUCUACGACUGGCAUAAGGACUAUUUCCUGGGAGAGCUGGAGAAAUGUGUGGGUGAUCCAGACAGUCUGGCCCAGCUCUUCAUCAAACACGAACGACGUCUCCACAUGUACGUGGUUUACUGCCAGAACAAGCCCAAGUCAGAGCACAUUGUCUCCGAGUACAUUGAGACAUAUUUUGAGGAUCUCAGGCAGCAGAUGGGUCACAGGCUGCAGCUCAAUGAUCUCCUGAUCAAACCUGUUCAGAGGAUCAUGAAGUAUCAGCUGCUGUUAAAGGACUUCUUGAAAUACUAUAACAAAGCUGGGAGGGAUGUCGAAGAGCUACAGAGGGCGGUGGAAGUGAUGUGUUUCGUGCCAAAACGCUGUAAUGAUAUGAUGAAUGUGGGAAGGCUCCAAGGUUUUGAGGGGAAAAUCACAGCUCAGGGGAAGCUGCUUCAGCAGGAUACUUUCUCUGUCAGCGAGCAGGAAGGUGGCCUCCUGUCCAGAGCAAGGGAGAGGCGUGUCUUCCUGUUUGAGCAGCUGGUCAUCUUUAGUGAGCCAAUUGAUAAGAAAAAAGGGUUCUUAUUGCCUGGGUACACCUUUAAAAAUAGCAUUAAGGUCAGCUGCUUGGGUGUGGAGGAACCCUCUGAGGAGGAUCCAUGCUGUCUAGUGCUGACCUCCCGGGGGACUGACAGCAGCAUAACACGCUUCAUCAUGCAUGCAUCAUCUCCUGAAAUACAGCAAGCUUGGUUCGAUGAUGUGGUCCAGAUCUUAGAGACUCAGAGGAACUUCCUAAAUGCCCUUCAGUCCCCAAUAGAGUACCAGCGCAGGGAAAGCACAUCAAACAGCCUGGGAAGGAGCACAAAGUCUCCAGUUGUGUCACCAUCUGGAUUGUGGCCCCACUCCUCAGCAUCCAUGGAAAGACGCCACCAACCCUGCCAACUGUCUUACAACAACUCCCUGCCCUCUCUGCACUCACCCCGCCUCAACCCGGCCUCAAAGGUGUCUAAUCAAUCUGCUGUGACACUUCAAGCUACUCAUCCUCCAUUUUCCUCACACCAGCAGCUCAGUUUGUGCUCAGACGUGCAACAUGACUGUAGCGCAUCAAACGGCCUGUCACCCUGUAGCCAUCACCACCAGAAGGAUGUGCCUGCCAGUUUCCAGGCAAUCACAUUUUGUGACAAUGCGACUUAUUCUGCACAUCGACCGAGCAGCUUGGAUCAGUUAAAGGAGCAGCAGUGACUCUCAGUGAACUCUGCGGUUUGGGUGUUGCUGCUGAGUCGGAGCGUCCUGUCUGCAAACAUGGACAAAGUGUGAAUGCUCAGUUUAAUGAUGCUGCAGACCAAUCCAGACACGCUCUUAUGUGGUUUGAGCACAUUCAUUUGAGUAUGUGUGGACAUUCUCUGUACACACAUGUGCUGUAUAUAUAGAUGGUGAUAAAAGGUGAGAUAAAAUGAGUGAAAAUAUGGUUUGAAACAGCCACAAAGACUUAAUUCAUGUUGCUUUAUGUUUUAAAUGUUACACUUUCUUACUCUUUCCACUGAAAAUUGCUCAUUGGAUAUUUUUGUAAUGGAAAUUUUUCACAAAGGACUGAUUCCACUUUAUUCCCCUGGAGAAUGAAAAUGUCCUCACUUAACUCUAUCCUCAUAAUCACUGAGUGAUUCUAACUUCCAGUCUUACUCUGAUGUCUGAAUCCAUCUGUGCAUUCCCUACAGAUUAGCAAAUAGCUGUGUUUUCCGUUUGGUGGACUAUUUCAACCCAGCUAUUGUGAGUGUUAUCUGGACUAAACACAUUUGCAAACCCACACAAAGUACAUGUCUAAAGCAAGGAGAAAGAGGAAAAAGGGAACAAAGAUCAAAUUGAGGUGCUCAUCUGUCAUUGUCACUUUGAAUGUAAAUAAUCUUGUGUGGGAUCAAGUUCGUAAAACUUGUUGUGUCCUGAUACUCACAUAGAAUUAAAGGAAAAGCUGUUCAGAUAUUUGCCAUUGUGUUUCUUUUUUUUAGUUCCUAUAUGUUUCUUUUUUGUUGAAGCCUGAAAUUUGUGUUUCCUAAUCAUAAAUGCGUUACUAAACAACCAUUCUGUGUCUGUCAUCAAUCUGCCUCUCCGUGGUUUUGUAGCUGUCUUUGCAACUAUAAAUAUUACCCGUCAUUUCAAAUAAACACUGG